CAACAGCGAUUCGAUCAGUCGACUAUCACUGCUCAGCGUGUGUGGAGCGCCGUUUUAAUUAUAGCUUAAAAAUCGGUGUAUUCAAAAAUUCAAUGUGAAGGUGUUUCGUUGGUUGCGAGCCAUACAUAUCACUGCGAUGACUUUGUGAAAACCUUAGUUAAUUACAUAUAGCCGGCGCACAUAGAAACAAAAAAAAAAACAAAAAUGAAAUUAUAGCAAAUUUAUUUACACUGUGCUGCACGUAAAAUUUUAGUUGCGUGUGUGUGUCUGAUUUUAUGUUUACUUCUACAAAGCUGUGAUCGCUAUUUGCUUUUAAAAUGAUUUACGAAACUUCAUACGAUAGUGGCCGUCUGCCCUAUAAACCUGAUUUGACACGCGGCUAUUGGGCUAAGCCAAGCGACUUCAUAUUUGCCGGCAUCAGCUUAGCUUUCCGCUUAGAUGUUUUCUCCAUAGCAUGGGUGAUAUUUUCAUAUGCGGGUUGUGCGUCUGUUGUGCCUUAUAUAAUAUUUUUAUUCAUCUUCAUUGUUCCUUUGUUUGUGAUGCAAUCAUUUCUGGGCCAAUUCUCGAGGACUGGAUUUAUAUCAGCAUUUCGCAUUGCGCCGCUUUUUAAAGGAAUUGGCUAUAUUAGCUUGGCUGUGAAUUUGGGCGUCCUUACAUACUACAGCGUCUUUGCCGCCAUACCGUUACUCUACCUCUUCCAUUCAUUGCGUCCCACCUUACCAUGGAGCUGUGAGGGUUUAAAGAGUUGGUCAUACAACUUUACCGAGCAUCAAGUGAGACAUCUCUGCCAUAUUUUACACAAUGAUACGGCGCCACCGUUAACUAAUAGCUCCUGGUUUGUAACACACGAAAUACCAUCGAAUUUAUUUUUAAAAUCUCGCUUUAAUCAUAUGGAAUUAUUUGAACCCAACGAUGACGGCUUCUACAUCUCCUGGGAAGUGUUGCUUUGUACGCUACUCAUAUGGUCAAUAAUUGUGGCCGUCUUCUAUAAAUGGAGAAGCAUAGAAAAGUUAGGCACAGUGCUGCGUUAUUGCAUAUUCGCCACUUUUGUUUUGCUCUUCAUCGCUGUACUACGUUUUGCUUUGAUACCAAAAGAUCCUUUGCUUACAAUCUCUCAAUUCUUCAUACCUGAGUGGUAUACGUUCCUGCGUGGUUUUCCGACAGUAAGCCUUUAUAUAGUAUCGGUAUUUGGCGUAGGUUGGGGCAGCGUAAUAGCAUUGGCCAGUUUCAAUAGAUUCCAAACGAAAAUCAUAGAAAAUAGUUGGACUAUUUGCCUAGCGCAAUUAUGUAUGUUUUUAUCAUUUGCCUUUAUUAUUUAUGUGACGGAUAAUUACUUUGAAGAAAUAAAGGAUGCAUACAAUGCGGACAAUCCAGAUUCCUAUGCGUUUUUAAAUCAUCUAUGGGCUCUAUUUCUGUCCACGGGCAGUGUAAUGGCAGAGAUGACAUGGCCAAAUCUAUGGUGUAUUUUAUUUUAUGCAAUGCUGCUAUUAGCGGCGUUAAUUACCAUGGUGACCAGCCUACUAUCAACUCUGCAGAGCAUCUUUGAUGAAUUUGAAGAAUUACGUGCGCGCAAAACUGUAGUAACUUACAUUGUAAUAGGCCUGUUAGCCUUUUGCUCGCUCUACACUUGUACUAAUCGCGGUGUCUUUUUCCAUAUCAUACUAUCCAACGAUACGCUCGUCACACAGACUUGUCUCAAUCUUUUGCUAUUCUUCGUCGUGCUGUGGGUCUAUGGGCGAGUGCGUUUCCAACGCGAUAUUGAAUUUAUGUUAGGUCAAACAUUUUCAACAUGGAAGAUUUAUAUGCUGCGCUUUGUUUCACCUCUGUGUCUUAUACUGCUAUUGUUAGGAACACUAUUUAUAGCUGUGGUGAAUCACGAUAUCGGUACAAUUGUUCUACAAAUCGCUGCGCUUCUAUUUAUAGUCCUACCCUGGCUAUAUGUACCGGGUUAUAUGAUCUAUAUAAUGCUACAAACCACGGGGACAUUCAAGACGCGUUUUAAGCGCUGCUGUCGUCCGAUGGACUGGUAUCCGGUGGAAUUAGUGGACCGACAGCGCUAUGAGGAAGCAAUGCGCAAUACAGAUGCGACACACCAAUUGAGUCAUGAUGAAACGGAGAUUUAGGUUUAGUGAAAUGACAAUAUUUAAAUUUAAAAUUUGUAAAAAUGGAAUGUUCAAAUGAUAU